AUGUUACUCAUGAAUGCUUUCUGUGCGCUGUGCGCUGCAUCAUAUGCCUAUGCGGCUCCUCAAAGACGAGCAGCAUCGGGUUUCGAUUGGGGGAGGGAAAAGAUGCGAGGAGUGAAUAUCGGCGGCUGGCUGGUGUUGGAGCCCUGGAUAUGCCCAUCGAUCUUCCAGCGAUUUCCAACCGAACGAGGAAUCAUAGACGAGUAUACUUUGACGCAGUCGCUAGGAGCACAAGUGGCGGUCGACACUGUUCUGAGGCAGCACUGGGACACCUGGGCAACGUGGGCAGAUUUCAAGAAGAUUGCGGACUCAGGCUUCAAUCUGGUUCGCAUACCGAUCGGUUAUUGGGCAUACGACAAUUCGGACUCUCCCUACGCUACAGGCGCCGCAGUGUACAUCGAUGCGGCGAUUGACUGGGCGAGAUCAGUGGGUCUCAAGGUCAUGAUAGAUCUUCAUGGCGCUCCGGGGUCUCAGAAUUGCUUCGACAACAGUGGACAAAAGUGCUCGGGACCUCAAUGGCAGGCCGGAAACAAUGUACAAAAGACCUUGAACGUGUUGUCUGUCAUCCAGACAAAAUAUGGUGCUGCAAUCUACGACGAUGUGAUAGCUGGAGUUGAACUUUUGAACGAGCCGCUCACACCCAGUCUGGAUCUGAAUAAUUACAAGCAGUUCGUACGCGAUGGUUACGGGAACCAACGUACAAGUAGCCAGUCCAGAGUUGUGGUUGUCCAAGACGGUUUCCAACCGACCAACUACUACAAUGGCUUCCUCACUCCCUCCGACGCCAACGCCCAAAAUGUGGCGAUUGAUCAUCAUGAGUAUCAGGUCUUCUCUCCGGAUCUGGUUGCCAUGAAGCCUUGGCAGCACCGACAAUACGUCUGCAAUAACGCCUUUGUCUACAAUGGCGGCGACAAGUGGACCUUCGUAGGCGAGUGGAGUGCGGCAAUGACCGAUUGCGCAGCUGAGCUGAAUGGUUAUGGCACUGGCGCACGGUACGAUGGUACUUUCCCAGGCUCAACAUUCGUCAAGUCUUGCGAAGGCAUUAACAACAUAGGAACGUGGUCUCAGGRGUUCAAGGAUGAUACCAGAGGGUACAUUGAAGCCCAAAUAGAAGCUUUUGAGCGCUAUACCCAAGGGUGGGUGUUCUGGAACUUCAAGACCGAAAAGUCAGGCGCACCGGAGUGGGAUGCGUUUGCGUUGAUUGAUGCUGGCAUCUUCCCGCAACCACUGACGGAUAGGAAAUUCGGCACCAUCUGCGCGUAG